GAAGCGCAGAGCGAUGGGAUGUGGCGAGAUGUGACUGGUGAGGCUGGCGGGGGAGUGAAGGCUCGAGAUCCAGCGGAAGGAGUGGAGAGACACAAGCAUGAGAAAGGAGGAGCACUGCAAGGAAGAGCAUCUUGUCAGAGGAAGACCAUCAUCGCACGCCUGCUCUGUUGUCGUCGCCGCUCCGCAGCUCAAACGGUCCCUCACAGAGGAUCAUAUUACCACAGUCACUUCCACCAGCCUCAGCUCUCCUCCAGCUGGAGCCAAGAGACUGAAAAGGAGUCCUCAGUACCAGUCCCCGCCGAGUCCCGGAGGCCUUUCCUCUCCUGAAGACCCGCAUGGUCAGAGAAUGAUCGCCAACAUCCGCGAGCGCCAGCGGACUCAAUCCCUGAACGAAGCCUUCGCCUCACUGAGGAAGAUCAUUCCGACGCUGCCGUCCGACAAACUGAGCAAGAUCCAGACGCUGAAGCUGGCGUCCCGCUACAUCGACUUCCUGUGCCAGGUUCUGCAGAGCGACCAGAUGGACUCCAAGCUGACUGGCUCCAGCUACUUGGCCCAUGAAAGACUGAGCUACGCCUUCUCCGUGUGGCGGAUGGAGGGAGCCUGGUCCACCGCCUCUGAUCACAGCCAAGGUCAGAAGUGAAGGGCUGAUGGAUCAGCUGAGACAGGGAUUUGUCUGUGACCAGGUGCGAUUCAGCAUGGCAGCUUCCCGUCCUCUACAUCCCCACCACCAUCUUCAUCAUCUUCAUCAUCAUCAUCGGAAGAUGCCGACAGCUGCUCAUGUGGAUCGUUGCUUCUGGACUUUUAUGAUACAAGCCAUGUAAAUAUUGUUUUAAAAAACCUUUUUACUUGAAUUAAAUCACUUCGUCUAAUAAGAU